UCUUAUAUAUUCUCCAUUGCCCAUGCCAGCUUCUUCUACCUUGUCUCUUUUUGUUCUUUUCAGCACUAAUGCGUGUAUGAUCGGUGUGCCAUUUUUUUUUCAUUUUUUUUUUCGGUGUGCCAUUUUUUUUUCAUUUUUUUUUUCUUGUAUGGUUUGCUCUGUUUGGUUGAUCAGAAAAGAAAGGAAAAGAAAAGAGUUUUGGAAUCUAAAAAGAUUUCGGUUUUUUUCUUUUUCUUAUUGAUGUGAUUAACAUAAUAAUUACUGUUAGGCUGAGUGAGGAGGUGUAUUUUGUUUCCUUGAUAAAAAAUACAUUAUAUUUGUUUAUAUAGCAUUGUAUACAGUGACGUAUAUAUGUACAUUUGGUUUGGGUUUAAAUUGUAUACAGUGAAUAGGCAAAGGUUAGGACAUAACUGGGAGAGGAUUUGUGGGGUAGUUAUUGACUAAAGGAUCUUUGAAGAGAUAAUGUGGUGGGGGCCUUGGAAGACAGAAGGAACUUAUGGUGGACGCAUUGAUGUGGUCAAUUCCAUAAAUAAUGGAGCAGUGAGUCAGUGACAGUGAAGGGACAGAGGAGACUUUCUGGUUUGUUGUAAGCUUAGACAAAGAAUUAGAAGUAAGUUUAACUUUUGCACGGCCAUUGUUGAAGAGCAUGCCUGUGAUCAGUUCUCUUGAUAAUGUUCAACAAAGCAGCCCUGUCUUCAUACAAUUUCCCAUCUACAAAUGUCAUCACACUUUUCCAGAUGCUAUCAUCAUGUACAUUGCUUUAUGCAAUGAAAUGUUGGAAGAUUAUUUCUUUCACAACUGAACCACAGAUCACUACAAACAAUCCAGUAACUCUGAUACCAUUUAAGACGUUGGUUCACACUCUUCCUCUUGCAAUAUCCUAUUUGCUUUAUAUGUUGGUUACAAUGGCAUCAGUGCGUGGUAUAAAUGUUCCCAUGUACACCACCCUCAGACGGACUACAGUUGCUUUUACAAUGAUUGUUGAGUAUAUUUUGACAAGGCAGAAACAUUCAUAUCCUGUUGUGGGCAGUGUCGGGAUAAUUAUACUUGGCGCAGUUGUUGCCGGAGCUCGGGAUUUGUCAUUUGAUGCCUAUAGUUAUGGUGUUGUUUUUGUUGCAAAUAUCUGUACAGCAAUAUAUCUUGCUUCUAUAGCUCAUAUUGGUAAGUCCAGUGGUCUUAGUACCUUUGGCCUAAUGUGGUGCAACGGAAUAAUAUGUGGACCAAUCUUGCUGUUUUGGACCUCAAUCAGUGGUGACCUAGGAAGGAUGAUAAACUUCCCGCAUUUAUUCUCCCAUGGGUUUCAGGCUGUGAUGCUUUUUUCCUGUGUUAUGGCUUUUUCAAUAAAUUAUUGCGUAUUUUGGAAUACAACACUCAAUUCAGCUCUCACGCAGACAAUUUGUGGUAAUUUGAAGGAUCUUUUUACAGUUGGACUUGGCUGGUUACUGUUUGGCGGGCUCCCGUUUGAUUUGUUGAAUGUUGCUGGCCAAUCUCUUGGUUUUCUUGGGUCCUGUUUAUACGCUUACUGUAAACUCCAAGGGAAAUAAGAAGCAAGCAUGGCUGGCUGGUUGGCUGCAUCAAGUCUUUCCUUGCUAGAAGAGGUAAAGUGCUCCAAUGACUGGGAAUGGCUGCCUGCAUCAAAAUUUGAUUUGUAUCCUCAUGAGGAGGUUUCUUAAUGAAAAAUAGAUAUAGUUUCUUUAUUAGCUACUCUCAAAAGAUUAAAAAUUUAUCAAAUAUUUGCACAAGUUCUGAUUUCACCUAAUUAAGGUCCCAAAGUAAAGACAAUUUUGUCAUUGGAAAGAACCAGCCAGUGGCAAUUUGCUAAUUAAGUAGAUUUGACGUCUCAUUGGAAUAA